CUUUCCUUUUUAUAUAAAGUUCAAAAUGGCUCCCCGUAUCCCGCCACCGGAGGUGAACCUGCCCCUCUCGCCUCGGCCCGGGCGGCGGUGUUGCCGGCGGCUCCUUUCAGCAGCUGCCCCGAAGCAUCGCUCCCUCAGGCGCCCGGGACUCGGGGGCAGGAUUCCCCCGCCAGUGCCCUGGCGGAUCCCAGGCGGUCCGUCGAUCUCCUCCACUUCUCGCCCCUUUUCACCGAGCCAGCGCAGACUUUCAAUCCCCGGCGACGGGAAAAAAAAAGCCUUUCGCAACCGUCCGGGGUUAAGUUUGGCUUCCCGGCACGUGCGCUGGGGAAAAGUUCGCCGCCGGGCUCUGGAUCUCCGCUUCUCCGCCUCCGCCGCUGAUUCAUCCACCGGUGAUCUCUAUGGAGAUCGGCCGCUGCAAAAGCCGCCCCCGAGGAAGCAGGCAGGCGUCGGUGCCCGAGGAGGAGUUUCCUGCCUUUGCGCGAUCUCCUCGCCCCUUUUCACCGCGGCAGAUCCCCGGCGACGGAUCCGUCCGGGAACGAAAACAAACUGGCCAGCCCAAACCAGAGAAGAAAUGUGGCGCUAGGUGUGUUGGGGGGAUGGUCUUUGUUAAAUAAUGGAAUCAGACACAGAGGCUGCAGGCUGGAAGAGAGACAGUAUGUGGACUUGAGGGGAAAGGGGUUCAAGCUUCAGUUUCUAUCGUCUUUUUUAAAAAAAAACAAAAACCCACAAAUACCCAGAUUACAUUAUUCUCAGCUGAGGAGCAGAGAAAGGCAUGCCCUCUUACUCUUUCUUUGAGAGGUUCCCCCACCCACCCACCUCGCAUUUAGAGCAUCCCAGAGAGGUUAUGGUGCUGC